CUGGCCCCUACCGGAAUGACCGCAGACCCAAGACGAGCGCCCUCGCCGCCCGCAGGGCCCCACAGCCUGAGAAUCGUCACCAGCUCCGUGUCUGAACCGGGCACCUGGAGGUCCAAGUACAUCGGCGUCGGCUACGUGGACGACACAGAGGUCGCGUGGUUCGACGGCGACGCUGCGAGUCCGAGGCUGAAGCUGGAGGUAGAGAUGUUAGUUGAUCCGCAGAGCGACCGCCUCACGCGGAAAAUCCAGCAACACGAACAGAUGAGCAGAGCGAAUCUGAACAAGCUGCGCGCCCACGACAACCAGAGCGAGGACGGGUCAGGGUCCCACACCUUUCAGGAAAUGACCGGCUGCGUCCUGGGAUCGGACGGGAACUUCCUUCGAGGGUUCAGUCGGUUCGCCUACGACGGCGCCGACUACAUCGCCCUGAACGAGGACCUGCGCUCCUGGACCAUGGUGGACCUGACGGACGCAAAGACCCGAACCUGCCCCAGGGACACAUUAGUGCACCUCCCUGCUGCCGAGCGACAGAGAGUCAUCCUGGAGGACACCUGCGUGCACUGGCUCCGCCUGUUCCUAAAGAAGGGGAAGGGCACUCUGCUCCGAGCCGACCCUCCAAAGACACACCUGACCCACCACCCCAUCUCUGACCAUGAGGUCACCCUGAAGUGCUGGGCCCUGGGCUUCUACCCUGCUGACAUCACCCUGACCUGGCAGCGUGAUGGGGAGGACCUGACCCAGGACAUGGAGCUGGUGGAGACCAGGCCUGCAGGGGAUGGGACCUUCCAGAAGUGGGCAGCUGUGGCCAUGCCCCCUGGAGAGGAGCAGAGAUACACAUGCCGUGUGCAGCAUCAGGGACUGCCCGAGCCCCUGACCCUGAGAUGGGACCCCCCUCUUCAGACCACCAUCACCAUCGUAGGCAUUGCUGCUGCCCUGGGUCUCCUUGGAGCUGUGGUCACUGGAGCUGUGCUGUGGAGGAAGAAGUGCUCAGACAGAGGCAGGAAGAGCUACACUCAGGCUGCCUGCAGUGACAGUGCUCAAGGCUCUGAUGUGUCUCUCACAGCUCCUAAGGGUGAGACCCCAAGAACAGGAAGUGGGGGCAUUGGGAAUGAGAAGCACAGUUGGGUUUGGGCGAUUCUCAGAGUGGGACAUUCUGAGCGUGUGGUGGGCUGUGGGAGAAUGUGA